GAAUGGGCUGCUGCCCAGCUCGCUGCGGAUCAUAUCGUCAUGCCUCAAGACGGUCUCCUCCAACGCCGGCUCCGUCGCCUCCACGGUGCGCUCCGCCGGGGCCUCCGUCGCCGCCUCCAUCGCCACCCAGGCCGAGGACGAGAAGGACCAGGUUCUGUGGGCCGGCUUUGAUAAGUUAGAGCUCCACCCCUCAUCUUUCAAGCAUGUUCUGCUCGUUGGUUACUCCAAUGGGUUUCAAGUGCUUGAUGUUGAGGAUGCCGCUAACGUUUGCGAACUGGUAUCAAAACGUGACGGCCCGGUCACCUUUUUACAAAUGCAACCCACACCACUUUACUCUGAAGAAACUGAAGGAUUCAGGGCAUCACAUCCUAUGCUUCUGGUCGUUGCUGGGGAUGAGACAAACGGCAUGGGUAUGGUUCAAGGCGGUCGCUUAAGUGCGCUGAUCAGGGAUACAAACAGUGAACCUCAGAACGGAAACUGCAUUUCUACCCCAACAGUUGUCCGCUUCUACUCUUUGAAGUCCCACACCUAUGUGCAUGUUCUUAGGUUCCGAUCUGCUGUGUAUAUAGUUCGUUGCAGCCCCCGGAUUGUCGCCGUAGCACUCGCAGCACAAAUCUACUGCUUUGAUGCUGUAACCCUUGAGAACAAGUUCAGCGUCUUGUCAUACCCUUUGCAAGGGUCACCUGGGGCAAACAUUGGCUAUGGUCCAAUGUCUGUUGGCCCAAGGUGGUUGGCUUAUGCUCCCAAUGGCCCUGUACUAUCAAGCACAGGUCGUCUAAGCCCACAGAACCUUACGCCUUCUCCAGGAGUGAGCCCGUCUACUUCUCCUAGCAAUGGAACCUUAGUUGCUAGAUAUGCAAUGGAGUCCAGCAAGCAAAUAGCUGCUGGUAUAAUUAAUCUUGGUGAUAUGGGAUACAAAACACUGUCAAAGUACUGCCAAGAACUGCUGCCUGAUGGUUCUAAUUCCCCACUGUCAUCAAGUCCAGGAAGAAGAUCUGGCAAAAUUCCCUCUAGUGUGCAUCCACUGGAAGCUGACAAUGCAGGAACGGUAAUCAUCAAGGAUGUCACCUCAAAAGUUGUCAUCUCACAGUUUAGGGCUCACACGAGUCCCAUAUCUGCUCUUUGUUUCGAUCCUAGUGGAACCCUUUUGGUCACAGCCUCUGUUCAUGGGCACAACAUAAAUGUUUUCAGGAUCAUGCCAACCUCCAUUGCUAAUGGCUCAGGCUCAAAGCGUUAUGAUUGGACAGCAUCUCAUGUUCACCUUUACAAACUGCAUCGUGGCAUGACUGCAGCUGUCAUACAGGACAUAUCUUUUAGCCAUUUCAGCCAGUGGGUAUCUAUUGUUUCGGCACGAGGCACGUGCCAUAUUUUUACACUGUCUCCUUUUGGUGGUGAUUCGAGUUUGCAGCCACAGGGUUCUCAUAGUGAUGGGCCACCUCUUGCCCCAUGUCAGUCAAGGCCAUGGUGGUCAAAGCCAUCAUUUCUUAUGGAUCAACAGCUUCAUCCUGUGCCAUCAACUGUGACAAACUCUGUAGUCAGUAGGAUAAAAAACAGCAGUUCCAGUUGGCUAAACACAGUCAGUAACGUGGCUGCUUCUGCAAGCGGAAAACUAUCCGUGCCAUCUGGUGCUAUCACCGCUGUCUUCUAUAAUUCCAUUUACCAAGGUUCUUUGCCGGCUCCAUCAAAGGCUAAUGCUUUGGAGCAUUUGUUGGUGUAUUCACCGUCUGGUCAUGUUAUUCAACAUGAGCUUCUGCCUUCUUCAGGAUCUGAAACCUCUGAUAGCAGCCCAGCAGUUGGGCCUGGUGCUCAUUUACAGCUCCAAGACGAUGAGUUGCAUGUUACUGCUGAACCAGUUCAAUGGUGGGAUGUAUGCCGUAGGACAAACUGGCCAGAAAGGGACCAGGACAUUGCAAAUGUUGUAUUCCACAACCAACAAAACAGUACGAUGACAGCAGAUUCUUCUGAUUGCGAGGAUAGCGAUCAUUCGGAUUUCACUCCGUCAAAUGAUGGUAUGUCAAGGAAAGAGGUUAUGAAAGUCAGAGAAAAAUCAAGCUGGUAUCUCUCAAAUGCAGAGGUACAAAUAAGCUCAUGGAGGAUUCCCAUAUGGGACAAGUCUAAGAUUUUCUUCUACGUGAUGGAUCAUCCUGCUACAGACUCAGGGGAAUCGGUUAGCCUUGAUGGUGGAGAAAUUGAGGUCGAAAAGUUGUCUCUUCACGAGGUUGAACUCAGGAGGAGGGAACUGCUCCCUGUAUUUAAGCAAUUCCACUAUCCUGAGCAAAAUAGGAAUCUUGCAAGAGGACAAUUUCAGAAUGCGUCAUCUGACAUUGGAAGCACACAUUACAGCUUGGCAAAGGAUAAUGCUGUAUAUGGACCCAAACCAGUGCCCCAGAUAUCUGGAUUUUACACUGAUAUGCGAAAAACAGGAAACAUGAAUGGUUUAGCUGGGCCAUUAUUUUCUGGACCUAUUCCUGCUGUGGAUUUGCUUCCAAUGGAAAAAUUCAAUACUACUGAGUCUCCUGAAGUUACAGAUUUGACUGCAAAUCACAAAGUAGAUAAUGAGAGCAUUAAGGCAUCCACCAUCAUGCCUCGAUCUAGAGAGAGUGCGGAUUGUGUGCCAUCGCACAUCAGACCAUUGACCAACUAUUCCCUCUUGGAUCAAACUCUUGAUAAUGGAUCUUCUCCUGCAAGUAACGAGUCAUGCACAACUGAAUUAACCAAUAAUUCUUUGGUCAGCAAUGGUGCAAUAACUGACAUCCCAAAUGGGGGUCACAAGAGCGUCGGUUCUGGACAGGAUGAAACGCCUGGUUCUCACAACUCUGGAGAGUUUACCCAGUAUUUCCAAGAGGGCUAUUGUAAAAUAUCAGAACUCGAUGACUGCCGUGAGUUAACUGAAGCUGUUACUGAUGCUGACAGCAGCAGCAGCCACUGCGAGAGAGAGAAGCCCGAGGAAGAUGGGGACAACGAUGACAUGCUUGGAGGGGUUUUCGCCUUCAGUGAAGAAGGUUGAACUUACUAUAUUUGGAUAGAUAAUGGAAAACAGUUGCCACAACAUUCGGUGUGCAAUACUAUGUAGAAAAUGGUGGAAUUCUAGUAGGCUUCCGUGGAAUAAAGGUUGUGCUGAGAAGAUGAGCUAAUGUUUGGUACAUAUUUGAAGGUAAAGCUUGCGCUCCAUUUUUAUUUGCCGGAAGAGACUGAGACGAAGAUCCCUCCAGGCAAUUUACUAAUCCACGGAUCCAUGUCAAGGAAGGGAGUUUGGUGUUUGUCGAGAAGUUGCUAUUGCCUGCCGCAACACUGCGCCCGCCCUUUUCUGUUGCUUUGUACAUACUGUAAGACCCAUUUGUUUCGCGAGAUACUUUCUGGGACAUUUGGAUGGUCUGAAACCCUGGCGAGCCAUAUUUGUUGACUGCUUCCUGCCAGGGCCUCUGAAUGUUCAUGUUUAUUUGUACAGACUUUCUGUUUUAUUAAGAAAGGAAUUCUAGCAACGGUUAAUGUGACAUUACUGUAUAAACAUUCAGUAAAAGAUUUGAAUUUAUGAAGGCAUUAUGGUU